AUGGAACAAUGCCCACCGUACGACGAUCCCAACCAUGUUGUGAUGUUGCCUUUUCCCAACGACUGUAGCAAGUAUUACACCUGCCAAAGGGGACAGGCCUAUGAGCACAAGUGUCCUGCGAACCUGUACUGGAGCCAGAUGACCUAUCGAUGUGACUACAGAGAGUACUCCAACUGCAAUUCAGACAAUCGACCAAGUCCCGGAGAUGAAGUGAAGUACAGCCCCUUUCCCGGCGACUGCAGUCGGUUCUACGAGACCCGUGUCCUUCGCUGUGAGCAAAACCAUCAGUGGAGUUCUCUCUAUCAGCGCUGCGUAGCCCCACAGUAUGCAGAUUGUCAGGCGGACUAUCCAGGACUUCCCUACGAUCCGAUACCCACUGCUGCCACCCCGCCAUCUGCAACUGCGACUCCACCGACGACGUCUAGUUACCUACCCAUUGAUGUGGCAUCUUUGUGCCAAAACAGUGUUUCCAAUGCCUACAUUCCGUAUCCCGAGGACUGCCACAAGUUCAUCCAUUGCGGACCAACUGCCACGGUUCUCACAUGCCCGGGCAACUUGUAUUGGAAUCCAGGCCAACUUUCCUGCGCUCCAUCCAAUCCUGGUUGCACCCAGUAUGCUUAA